CCGAUUUUGAGCAGUGCCGCGGCGGCGUGGUAUUGUGGCCGGGAGUGCCCUACCACAGCGCCAUUUGCACAGCGGCGCAAAGCAGCAGACCUUCGAUACCCCUGGACCACUCCGUGCAAGCGCGCGGCCCAUAAACGACGCUGCUGAGCUGCACAGACACUCAGACACUAUGGAAGCCACCCCAGCCGCGCCGACGGUGGGCGUGCAAAUACGGACCGCGGGCGGCCGCAUCGCGACGGUCACCAUUUCCGACAAGGGCUGGUACAGCGCCACGUUGGACGACAAGGUGCAUCUCGCUCCGGACGAGGGCGGCGCCGGCGAGUCAAUUACAAAGCGAAGGAGUUUCUUCGCGGCGGACCAGGGCGAACUGCUGCAAACUGUGCCUAAAGUAGAUCGCUCAAAAAAGAAAUCGGACACGCCGAUGCGCCUCCGCGGCAAAGAUGGUGAAAUCGUGGGCCGCACGACGAUGCGAGCGUGGUCAAAAGCGAGUGGUCUAAAAGUGCCCAAGGGCUACGAGGGUCAUCAUGUAAUAGAAGUAAAGGUGCCGAAGGGCUGGACGACGGCGAAGUGGUCCAAGUCCACCGGAGCUAGACAAAUUCAUUACGCGACGGUGGACGGGCACAAAGUCGAGCUGGCCGAAGCCGCGGCUACAUCACGCGGCGACGACGGCCGACACGUGCUACCUAUCGAUCGGCUGAAGUUCAAUGCCAAGGAAGACGUGAGAGACCGAUCUUUCGAUAAGACCAUAGGGACCGACGCGCGAGACGACGGCCCCUGGAAGAAGGGAGCGACAGCAACAACUGGAGUCAGCCUCCGACGGUGGCUCGAGGCCGACACGUUGGACGAGCCGGGGAUGAAAUUGUUUGCUUCCGAAAAUUGUGCGGGGCCGGCGCGUGCCAAUGAACAGGAUCGAUUGGCCCCGGGCUGCUGUUUGGCUCGUUGUACAGUCGCAAACUUUGGAGGAGAUUUACGCAUUACCUUCGGCGGCACCACUCAGGCCGAGGCCAAUAGAGCCGCCGGCGUCAUGGCCAUCGCGUGCGCACUGGACCACCUCAAGGGCAAGCUAGACGACUCGCCCAUCUUCUGCCGGUUGUCAGAUGAGCUGAAGGAAGCGGCGCGCAAGGCGCGGGCGGGUGAGCCCUGGAUGGACCAGAACCUCGACCGGUAUUUGGUCCGAGUCCUAUCAGAAAGGGAGCAGGCCGCCCUCGAUCAAUACCAGGAGAAGUGCAGGAGGCUCGGCCGCACGCCGCGCAUCGGCAAAACCCCCGUGGCUCCGUCGGAGAAGUCGUGGGACGACGCGAACAAGCGGGAAGGACGCGGCCGCCAUUCGCUGGUGCGACUCAGUGUGGAGCUUGAACAUUAGCAUCGACGCCGUCGACGCGACGCCGCUUCGGCGACUUCGGAGAGAGUCUCGCUCCGAUUAUGCGAGCGCCGCGACGGUUCGUUGAACGCAGGUCAUGCGCGAAUUGAGGGCCGCGGAUGGGGCAGCUACGGUUAAGUUGUAUAGAGGUGGAGUUCGGGGCCUCGUCGUCGCGCCUCCUGGACAGCGGAUGGACCAGUGGCACUUCUGCAUUUGCAACGACGUCGAGCUCCACCGCAAGGACCCGGAUUUGGUCACGGACGUCGACAAGUACUGGAGCGCCGCGCUGGAGCUGUCGAAGAGCGGCUCUAGAGACGCGUUGGCCUGCUUCAACGAGGUCGCCUUCGAGGCGGGCCUCGAUAUUAGAUUGUUGGAGGCGGCCGACGUCCGGCCCGAGUCUGGGACGACGUUUACGCCGGAUCAGAUUGCUUUGAUCAGGAAGUAUUACGGCUUCCACUCCUUCGGCAAGGCGAGAAAGACGACGCGCAAGUGCCUCCUUUAUUGUACUCAUACCGCUGCUAUAGCCGGCGGACGCGAGCCGCACUGCUACACCGCCUUCGCCAGUGAUGAUUACGCGGCGGCGUGCCUCCAUCUGCGUUAUAUGGUUUCGGAUUAUACGUGGGGCCUCGGGGUGCAGCUGCGGCGCGCGCGGCUCCGCGCGACUCGUACGUCUGGAAGUGCUCCUACUAUUGUGAUAGAUGCGGAAGCGCGCGCGGUCGGGGUGACGACGGACAUGAUUGAGGCCGGGGUGCGGGCGGGUCGCGUUCUUGGGGAGCGCCGCGCGCGCGACGUGCUCGAGGACCUCGCGGAGCUGGACCCCGAGGACUGGGCGGACUACUACCGCCGCCUCGAGGAGACGCUCGAGGAGCACAAGAGAAAGCACGCGCGCGCCGCGCCCAUGGACGUGGAGGAGCCCGCGGCGGCGCCCGCGGCCACAGAGGCGCCGCGCCCGCCGCUGCCCCCCGGCGCGCGCGUCAACGCCAAGGGCGAGACCAUCGUCCGCCUCCGGCGCCCGCCGCCGCCGCCGACCUUCCCGCCGCCGCCGCAGAGCGAGCCCGCGGCGGCGCCCGCGCCGCCGCGGCGGGCGAAGCGGCGCACGCCUCCAGCAGAUGCGCCGGCCAAGAAGAGGGCGCCGCGGGCCCGGUGA